CUGGAUUGUCAACAGGAACCUAGUUGUCCCAUUCACUUCAUUCUACUCUGUUCACUUGUUUGUGGGUUGCUGUUUCAGAUCAACAGCAGUUUUUAAAUUAAGGCUUUUGAACUAAAGCCACACUGAUGACAGGAUUCAGUCUGUAACUAUGGAAGUGGAGUGGAAAUUAAGUGCUGAGAGUUGCAAACUGAAGGGUGAAGAAAGACUUACAGUGGAAAGUUACUUCUUAGUCAGAGUUAGUAGACAGGUUGUGACUAGUAAGUCUGGGUGAAGCAAGGGGAAAAGUAGAUGUGUCACCCCCAAGAUGGCAUAUCAGAGGAGUGGGUUUUUACAUGAAGAUGGAAGCGUGUAGUGGUGCUGGAAGCAGCAUUAGAGGCAGGGAGGAUUCCUGACCCUCCUUACCCAAAGGAGCAGGAAUUUCUAUAGACAAACUAGAGAAUUAAACCCAUCAGUUCUCAGCUUUUUACAUUUCAAAAGCUAUGAUUUAUGUGUGAAUCAGAUUUGGGAGAAUCUGUGACUAUCUCUCUACCAUCCAGCUCACUCUCAUCCCCACCUUCCCGGUCUAUGAGAGAACUAAGAACAGUGGCUGAGGACGAAGAAGGGGAACGGAACAGACACUGGUGAGUGUCUGAGAGGGGACCAGCACCUUGCUCCCCACCACCUGCCUCAGGCUGGGCACAGAAGUUAGGAGUACAAAAUCUGCCAUACCAUGUGACUACUGACAUGCUGUGAGGAGAGUUCUUUUGCACUUUUCAGUUAAACUGUAGAUUCUUUGAAGGCAGUGAACCUACUUGGUAUCUUACACAUAACUUUGUACAAAAUAAGCCCUCAAUUGCAUUUAAUUGAAUUGAUGCCUCAAAAUGCUGCCAGUUAUCUUUGGCCCACAACUCAGGACGGUUCAUUUGGACACUAAACACCCUAUCUGUCUAACGUACCACACUAGCUCACGUUCUGUUUAAACAAUUCAAUUCGAAACUUCCAGCACUGGCCCUCUUAACACCUGUGAACAGCAGUGGGAAGCCCAGCCGGGCGGGCGCCGCCCUGUGACGUCACAGGGAGGAGCCUGGCCGCGACCGUGAGGCCGUUCCCCCGACCAAGACUGUGAGAGCCUCCCCUCACCCGGCUUCUGAGUGUCCCCUCAGGCCUAGUGUUGUCAGCUGUGUGAGGGAGGGGCGUGGGUGGCCUCUGAACUGACACUAUGUUGGAAGAAAGAGGCGACAACUUCGACGGUGUGAGCACCGACCGCCUUAAAUUGAAGUUACCAGAAGAAAUGCACCUGAAGGAUAUAGUGCAACUCUCAGCGUUUGAAAUAAGAUACAAGAUUGCAGAACUGGAAACCAAACUCAAUACUGAUGGUGAAGGUGGUGAAUGAAAAACUCAUUAGGAGACACAACUUGAACUAAAUGAUCAACUAGAAAAGCAAAUUGUUUCUCUCAAAGAGAAAAUGGAAAAAAUUUGUGAAAAUCUUUCAGGUAGACUGUCUUCUAUUUGUGUCUAUGAACAGAUGCCAGUGAAAUCCUUAAAUGCAUUGCUUAAACAAUUAGAGAAAGAAAAAAGGAAUCUUGAAAAUCAAGUGAAAGACUAUGCACUGAGACUGGAACAAGAGUCAAAGGUUUCUUACCACAGGACCAACAAUGAGCACUGUACAUACCUCGCUAAAAUGUCUCAGAUCUCUGGCUCCUACCCAGUUUCUCAAAGGAAACAGAUGGAUCAGCUGCCUAAAAUGAAAGAGAAUCUAGUGAAAACCCUCUUGAUGAAAGUGAAAGAGGAGAGUGAAAAAGCAAAUAUAGACCUCUUAUUAGUGGGCGAUGUCACAGUUCAGUACCUGGCUGAUACUGUACAGAAAUUAUUUUCAAAUAUAGCAAAAGUCACCGUCAUCAUUAGUGAUGUGAAGAGGGCAGCAGCACUUGUGGAUGACUGCACGUUUGACAUGGUUUUCCUGAAGCUGACUUCUUCACCAACUGCCGAGGAGCUGGAAGUGGUCAAAUUAAUCAGAUUUGGUAAGAAAAAAAAUACACAUUUGCUGUUUGUUUUUAUAAUCCCUGAGAAUUUUAAAGGUUGUGUUUCAGGACAUGGAGCUGAUAUUGCUUUAACCGAACCACUAACAAUGGAAAAAAUGAGUGUUGUGCUGAAAUACUGGAAAACAUGUUUCUCACAUACUGUUAAGAAUGAAAUUUCUGUGAAGCCUGAAGAACCUGAGUUGCCUCUGCCGAAGUCCUACAGUGAACACCUGGGAUAUUUUUCUACUGAUGUAUUUGCUUGCUCUGAAUCUCUAAGAAAUGACAUUGGACUUGAUUUAAAGGCUCCAUUGUCAAAUUUUGAGAAAAGAAAAAAGAUUUCUCUUCUUCAUUCAAGCAAGGAAAAGCUGAGAAGAGAACGAAUCAAGUAUUGCUGUGAGCAGCUGCGUGCCCUGCUGCCAUAUAUAAAGGGGAGAAAGAAUGAUGCGGCUUCUGUCCUCGAGGCCACAGUUGAUUACGUGAAGUUUGUCCGGGAGAAAAUCCCUCCAGCCAUCAUGGGCCAGAUUACAGAAGUACUUCAGAGCAAUAGGAAGUUUUGUAAGAAACAACAAAUGCCCAUCCAGCUAUCUGUCCCAGGCACAAUCAUGGGACAAAGGGAAAACAGUGUGCUGACCAGCACUUACUCACCUGGGACGGGCAUCAGAUUCCUGACUAACAAGCACUUGAAUGUGUAUUCUGUCCCUGCCUCAGGGGGGGCCUUGGAUGAAGCUGUGAGAGGUCAGUCCAGCUCUGCGUCAGAGAACGCUAUCGGUGAUGUGUAUAAAACCCGAAUCCCCAGCACAGCUCUGUCUCUAAAUUCCUUCCACGCUGUCAGAUACUAUUCUAAAGUGGUCCCUUCCUAUGACGCAGCUGCCGUAACAAAUCAGAACACUCCAGUGCAUUUCCCAACAGCUGUGCCCAAAGUCUCCAAGUUUCUUCCUCAGCACUGCAAUUCUGUGCUGGGCCAGGCAUGCACAGCACACCCCAACUGUCUGCAACAGUUUUGGGCGUAUUAAUAGCACAUGUUUGAAAUUCACUCUAGACCACCUAUUGGGUGCCGUUUGACAAUACAGGAAGAAUGGAACAAAGAAUGAUCUUGAAAGCUACACCCAGAGACCUAAUAUCAAAAGGGUUUGCAUUGUAUGGCUUCUGAUAAAUGUGCUAAAAGCUUCUGCAGGUAGAAAGAGAGGCAGCAAGAGUACUAGCUAGCCAUAGGCUUUUAUUAAUACUUCGCUUCAUACAUACUUGGAUCGCCCCCAACCAAAGUGCUCUAAGAACAAAUGGCCUAGGUGACCUGGACACUUUUUGUUCUCAAAAAACAUUCCACAAUUUUUGCAAAAAGUACAUUAUAAAGAAGAUCCACAAUUUAUGCAAAAAUUACAUUAUAAAGAUCCACAUAGUGCAUUGAUGUUGCUAAGUACAGAUAUUGCAACUUGAUUCUUAUUUUUAGUAUCAUUGUGAGUUACUGUCACUUAUUUCUAGGUGGUAUCUUUUCCAGAUUUGGCAUUUUAGAGCAUUUCCUUCAUUAUUCCUACUAAGAUACCUUAAUUUGAGAGAUGUGUUUACCUCCUCACUUUACUACUAAUGAAUAAACUGACGUGUUUAUUUUUGCAUUUCACCUUCCCUUGAGUGAAAUGAGAGCUAACAGGUAAAUGUCUCUUUCUGGAUCUUUAGUUACAGAUUAGCAGGUUUUUCUUUGUUUUCCAUGUCCUUCUCCCUAUAGGCAUUAGAAAAGAUUGUUGGAAAUAA